CGACCCACGCCAGGCAACUUACGUACAUACCCACAACAAACAUGGCGGACGAUCAUACAGAUGCAGAUCAGUCCAUGGAGACACACGCACCCGUUUCUGAAAACCCUCACACAGAGUAUGGCCUGACGGAAAACAUCCAGAGGGCGGUGGAGAAUGAGAAGGUGAGCGCAGACAAGAUGCCGAAGCAGAAGGUGGACCUCCAGGCGCUGCCAACCCGGGCCUACCUAGACCAGACUGUGGUCCCCAUUCUGCUGCAGGGCCUGUCGGUGCUGGCCAAAGAGAGACCUCCAAACCCCAUCGAGUACUUGGCCACAUUUCUGCUCAAGAACAAAUCACAGUUUGAGGAGAGGAAUUAGAUAUUUCAUCCAGUAGAACCUGUUUCAGCUCAUGUUUGUUAAUGUACUGUUUCUUUUUUAAUCCACAUUAAACAUAUUGAU